UAAAGAUAAGUUCUAUAGACAAUUUAUGGGUUUUGUAUUGUAUUAUGCUUUCAUCGUAUGAUCGUGUUGCGUUAUCGUAUCGCGCAUUCAAAUACAACAAAAUAACUGGCUAGAGGAUCUUAAAAAUUACUUUGUACUUCUAGAAGUGUAGGUUUCUGUAAUAAAUCGUAUCCACAUAACCUUUAGUGAUAUAUUGUUCAUUAGUUAUAAAGAAAUACGAAUUGUUUGGUUGGGUGUUUGCAAUUUGAUAGAUGAAGAUUCAAACAUUCUUUUUACGUGAAGUUAAUGAAAAUUGAAUGAAAUCCGCGUAACUUGAAUUUAUACAUUUAACGUGAAGCACUAGUGUAUUUUUACUAGCUCUUUCUGGAGGUAGUGGAUAUUUAAAAAAUUAUAUCAAUACCGUAAAUUUGUCGUAUUACAUAAAAUUCAAGUUAGGCUUUGAAUUGACUGCAGGCAGCCAUCUUGGAAAAAUCUUUUUCGUAUUUCGAACGAACAAAGUGUCAAAUAUUGAUAAUUCCCUUCAUCUUAUGCCGGUGAACUGAGAAUUUCUCAAUAAAAACCGAGCUUUUCCCAGAAGGUCAGACUUUUCGGAGCGGCCUUGGAAAUAAAAUGUAAAAAUCAAUUUCGCGCCAUAAAACAGUAUUAUUCAGUAACUGCAUUUAAGAACAAGAAAAAUAUAGAAACGAGUUGUGUUACAAACAACUCGAAUAACCGUUUUCUGUUGAAAGUUCAAAAUAAUCCAGGCAAAACGGCUCCACCAAAGAAACCGUAUAAGAAGAUGGCCGAAACGAAGGAAUUGGAGAAUAUGGUUCUAAGUUUUCGAGUCUCUGAACUACAAAUGCUUCUUGGUUUUGCUGGUAGAAAUAAGUCGGGUAGAAAAAACGAAUUACAAGCACGUGCUCUAGAAUUGUUAAGGUUGAGAUCACAUCCUGUACAACUUAAAAUACGUGAAUUAUAUAAAACAAUACAAGCUGAUCAAUUGGCAGCACAUCAAAUGUAUGGUCAGACAGGUGGUUCCGGAGAACCACAAAUCGAUCAAAACAUGCAUUCCAGAAAUUAUUACACUAGACAAGCAAUCAGUCAGCAGCAACAGUCACAAUCUUCAGUUUCCAGUGGGAAGGAUCUACCACCUGCACAUCAAGCAUCUAUACCUCAGGCACCUAGAACUAAUCCUGUAUAUCCAUCCUCGGGAUAUACUAGUGUAACACCACAGAUCUUAACAUUUCAGCAAACAUCAACUGCUCCAUAUAAUCCAUAUCCAUACCCACCAAAAGUUUUGCCCUCCCCAUUGCAAAUACAGUCCAGAAGCCAAUAUCCUAUACAUCCAGAUGUUAGAUUGAAAAAACUUCCAUUUUUCGAUUUAUUGGCUGAACUGUUAAAGCCAUCUAGUCUAAUGCCCCAAGGGUCCAUGAGACUUCAAGAGAACACAUUUAUGUUUCAUUUAACACCACAACAAUCAACUGAUAUAGCUAGUUCAAGAGACUGUCGUGCAGGAAGUAAAAUGGACUAUACUGUGCAGGUACAAAUGCGAUUUUGUUUACAAGAAACUUCUUGUGAACAAGAAGACUGUUUUCCCCCAAGUAUUGCUGUGAAAGUAAAUGGAAAGUUGUGUCCUUUACCUAAUCCUAUACCUACAAAUAAACCGGGUGUAGAACCAAAGAGGCCACCACGGCCUGUUAAUAUUAGUCCCUUAGUUAAAUUAUCUCCCACUGUAGGAAAUCAAAUUCAUGUCACGUGGUCGGCUGACUAUGGAAGACGAUAUGCGAUUGCGAUAUAUCUAGUUAGAAAGCUUUCAAGUGCAGAAUUAUUAAUGAGAUUAAAAAAUAGAGGUGUCCGUCAUUCAGAUUAUACAAGAGGCUUAAUUAAAGAAAAGCUUAACGAAGAUGCAGAUAGCGAAAUAGCAACGACGUCGUUAAGAGUAUCGUUAGCUUGCCCGUUAGGAAAGAUGCGUAUGAGCACACCAUGUCGUGCGUCGACGUGUUCACAUUUGCAAUGUUUCGAUGCUUCGUUGUUCCUUCAAAUGAAUGAAAGAAAACCUACGUGGAAUUGUCCGGUCUGUGAUAAGCCGGCGUUGUACGAUAAUCUUGUUAUCGACGGAUACUUUCAAGAAGUAUUAAACUCUAAGAAACUAUUGCCCGAUGUGAAUGAAAUUCAAUUACUUCAAGAUGGUUCGUGGGAGAAUUUGGUAUUGAAGAAGGAGAAAGAUAAGGAUAAAAAUGAAACAAAAGUUAUUACGAAUACAGAGAAUCGCAAGAUUGACGUGGAUACGGUGGAUCUGGAUGAAAAUACUCUUACACCUCCGAAGGAGAAGAAACGAGCGGUUGUUAUUGAUUUAAUAUCGGAUAGCGAUGACGACGAUGAACAUACUACUCCAACGCAAAGUACAAAGAAAGUAGCUAGUGGUACUUCUUCGCCCAAAAAAUCGCAAACUAGUUCUAUUAGCAGUACGAGUGAAUCACCAGAAUUGAUGAUAAUUGAUUUAGAAUAGAAGUUUUUAUACUACACUACAAUAAAAUUGCCAAAACCUUAAA